AUGUUUGGUUGUACAGUGUCUGAUGGCUUGAGAGGUGUUAGAAUUCAGCCUCAGAAACAAGUUCUGGGCGAAUUUGCAAUUGACAAUAUUAGAACAAAUGAUUGGUCACCAGCAGCCUUUGAUUGCCAAGUGCUCCCUGCAAAGGUGAAAGAUACAAUAACGACCUUGGAGAUAUCUGGAUACUCGAUUCAACGACUUUAUCACAAAAACAAGGGAUGUAUGCUCACCACGCUUCUGUCGUAUAUUCCUAGAGCCUUCUUGAUAAUUGUUAUACAAGCUAGUCUACUCUCUAACGGCCCUUUCAGAAAGAGCAAGACUCUGACGGCAGAAGUCUUAUUGGAAGGCUUCAAGAGCCCCUCUCGAUUCAGUAUGUUAACAAUGAAUAAUGCCCUGUCACAGAUCAUGCUCACAUCGCAGAUAUCCUCUGAGGCCGAGGUUUUGAACCUUCAACUUUAUCAAGCCUUCGAAACAGCAAGCCACUGGAAGGCUCUACUACUUCUGAAUGAGGCUGAUGUCUUUCUCUAA